CUUAGUGCCAACGUUCAUCUCUCAAAAAGUUCACCCAUUUUUCUUAGAAAAUACUUGGCUUUGCUUUGAAAAUCAUGCACUCCAUCUUGGACAAAAGGCAUCAAAUUUAGACGGUAUAAAAGCCAAUAAUAUAUAUUGCUCACUGCGCGCUAACUCAUCACCAUCAAAACUAGAGACUGAAAGAGAGAGAACCAAUAUUAUAUUUUUAUAUAUUAUAAGAUCCAGUUUUGAGAACCCUUCUGGAUAAUUUGGAGGAGGAGAUAAUUAUGAGGGCUCCAUGUUGUGAGAAGAUGGGGUUGAAGAAGGGACCAUGGACUGCUGAAGAAGAUCUGAUACUGGUUUCUUUCAUUCAGAGAAACGGCCAUGGAAAUUGGCGUGCACUUCCAAAACAAGCUGGAUUGCAGAGAUGUGGAAAGAGUUGUAGGCUUCGCUGGACUAACUACUUGAGGCCAGAUAUUAAACGAGGGAACUUCAGCAAAGAAGAAGAAGAAACUAUCAUUAAGCUACAUCAUGUUCUUGGAAACAGAUGGUCUGCCAUUGCUGGAAGAUUACCAGGGCGAACCGAUAAUGAGAUAAAAAAUUUUUGGCACACCCACUUGAAGAAGAGACUAACUAAAGAAAAUUUAAUCUCCACAAACGAUAAUCAAAUAUCAAAACCAGCAGAGGAUCUCACGACUCCUGAAGGAAAAAUUCAAAGUCCUGACGAUUCGCAGCAACGCUCUGGGCAAGAAUCAUCGGAUUCCUUAAGCAUAGAAGGCAAAGAUAUUGCUUCAGAAAGUAGUAAAGGGCAUAAAAAUAUGGCAAGUCCAAAGGGAGACAGUUCAAAUGUAAUGGACUUCUGGUAUAAUAUUUUUAUGAAAGCUGGAAACUCCAUGGAAAUAUUGCAACAAAAUUUAGGAGAACUUGAAUGGUAGGACUACCUUUAUAAUUGAAUUCAUGAGUGUCUUCUUUCUAGCUAUUUCAAGAAUAAGAUUGUAAACUCGUUAUUGUAUUUACUGUUUAGUUUUGAUAGACAUAAAUGUGUGUAUAGACGUAGAUUUAAGAGUUUAAAUUGUGAAAAACAUGAUGCUGGAUUUGAUAAUUGUGCUAAAACUUUUCGUGGCUUUUGGUAUCCUAAUA